AUGAAGCUAAAACAAGAGAAAAAAGUAGCGGUCAAAAAGGGGAAUGAUGUUCUCAAACUAUCUCAUGAAAUCUUAUUCAACAACCAUAAAAAGAAAUUCAGUCUUGAACAUGCUUGGAAGGAGCUGCGCAAUGACAAGAAAUGGUGUGACCUUUCUACUUCUAAAACUGAUGGAAACGCUAAAAAGAGGAAGUGUGAUGACGGUGCACAAUCAUCAAGCUCUCACGCAAAUGAAACCAACAUUGCUGAAGAUGACCAAGGAACCAAUCGUCCACCGGGUGUUAAGGCAGCAAAAGGGCAUGGUAAGAAGACGAUGGUAGAGGGGAAGGCACUGUCUGAGUUUCAGAGUAUGUGGUCCAUUAAACAGAAGGAUUUGGCAAUGAAAGAAAGACUGUCAAAGAUGAGUCUGCUUGACAGUAUAAUUGCAAAAAAAAAGAACCGCUAG